AUUCACAAUUAACUAAAAAAAAAUAAAUAAGUAAAUCUAAUCCAUAUACUAUUUAUUUGAUAUAAAUACAUUAAUACAAGAUGGGUAGAUAUUCUGUGAAACGUUAUAAGACCAAGAGAAGAACGAGAGAUCUUGAUCUCAUCUAUUACAAUGACAUGGGAUCUAAGGAAGCUAUUGCCAGAUUGAAGAACCAACCUUUGGAUGAAACCAAGCCAGGUUUAGGACAAUACUACUGUAUUGAGUGUGCACACUACUACGAGAACCAACCUGCCUUGGACCGUCAUAACUCUGGGAAGAAGCAUAAGAGAAGAGUUAGAGAGUUGAAGCAAAGACCUUACUCCAACUUGGAAUCUGAAGCUGCCAACGGGAUCAACAUGGCUAAAUUUACCGAAUCUGUCGAAAAAUACAAGCAAAUAGAAGCUGACAAGAAGGCUCAAGCUGAAGUUAUUGAAAGUAUGAUGAGACAAAAAAAUGGUACUAUUGAAGAAAUCAUGGGAAUUGAAGGAGUUGAAGGAUCUAAUGAAGCUGAAGUUAAGCAGGAAGGUGAAGUUGAAAUGGCCACUUAAGCUCCCCCGUAUCCCGGUUAAUUCUAUUCACUUCCACGAUCAACACCACCCCCUUGUACAUUAGUUUUUA